CACCCAUGAGAGAUGCAGCACUUGCUGCAGGGGCCAGGCAGGGAGCUUGGGAGACGGGCCUUAUUUCACUAUAUAGAAGGUGGCAACCCAAGCACAACCUCAGAAUGAUCAGAACCUGCUCGGCAUUCACAUCUCAGAACCGUUCAAUCAGAACUCUGCGGCAGCUACUCACCAUAACAGCCAGUCUGGUCAGGAAGAGUCGACUAGUCAUGGCCAAGCCAGUGUACCGAAGGGCAAAACUAUGGCAGAUGGGUCUGCUCAUCUUGUCCCUGGUGUCUCACUCUGAGGGAUCUACAAUCAUUAAAGUUGAAAACGGAGGAGGUUGGGGUGGCUGGCAUGGAUUUCAGAUGUGUCCUAAGGACUUUUAUGCUAAUGGAUUCAGCAUGAGGGUGGACAGGCAUGUAGGAGGACGCCGUGAUGACACAUCUCUUAAUGGAAUCCGUCUGUUCUGCAAACAUAUAACUUAUCCAAUCGAUGAUAUAGUGGUGGAAUCACCAGGAUACUGGGGGAUUUGGACCUCAAAGCAACUUUGUGCAUCUGGAUAUCUGGAUUCCUUCCAACUGCGUGUGGAGGGCCCUCAGGGCAUCGGAGACGACACAGCCGCCAACAGCAUGAACGUCCACUGCAGCAAUGGAGAUAUUCGCCAUGGUGACGGCGAAGGUUGGGGAAACUGGGGCAGAUGGAGCUCAAGAUGCCCAAAUGGAGUGUGUGGUUUCAAGGUCAGGGAGGAGAGCCCACAAGGAGGGGGUGACGACACCGCCCUCAAUGAUGCUCAGAUGAUCUGUUGUUCGGAAGAAUAGCUUUCCUCUGCAGACAAAGAUCAGGCACGGCGUUAUGGAUGGGCCUAGGCCCGCCCACUUCUUUUCAACAGGCCCAGCCAAAACUUUUCUUCAAAAAAAUAAUAAACUUUUAAUAAUAUAUUUUAAUUUUGUCAAUAAUUAUUAAAAAGCGGGAAAUAAUCUCAUAAUUUGUGCUAAAAUAGUCUAAAUGUUUAGUUUUCAAAACUGUUUUAAAAAGCUGGUCAUAUGUUGAUGUUUCUGAAGUUCAGCAGACAGUGCCAAAUACGUGAGGCUCUGGGUCGGAUGUAGAUGCAUAGAUAAAGAUACAGAGCAGGUAUACACACAGCUCUCAUGUCUGAGGAUGGGCAAGGGCCUGAAAUGACAAAAGAAACAGACCACAUUACUCCAAUACAAGUCAUAGAAUUGACUUUAAAGCACUGCUGUGUGUAUAGAAAUUACUAACUGGACCAAAUUACCUAUCAGACAUGCUUCAGCAGUAUACACUCCUUCCAGACCUCUCAAUCUAGACCUCUAAAUCUAUACUUACUGUAGCACCAAACUGUUCUCAGAUAAUUUCUGCUGAUCAAAUGCAUUUCCUGUUAUCACAUAUUCUUUGUAGCCUACUUGUACUCUGCACAAUGACAAUAAAGUUUAAUCUAAUCUAAUCUGAGUUACACA